GGAGAGGGAGAGAAAUUGCCCGUGGAAACCAGCUCUGCCACGGCAUCUGCUCCCCGGAGCUUUGGGAAUUGAGAGGUUUUCCUGCUGGCAGAGCCGGGGCUGAGGCUGCGGGGUGCUGGGGGGAGCAGAGCCCUGGCACACUCGAUGCCAUCUGCCAAGGCUUUCUCCUGGCUGCAGGUUCCAGUGGCUUCUCUCAUGGCUCAUAAGGGUCGAGCUCAGACUCCAAAGUACUUGCCGAAGUACCUGCUGCAUCUUUGUGCCAUGCCUGGGCACAGCGUGGCUGGGAUUCCGCAUCCCUCUGGGAAUGCUGCAGGGCAGGCAGGCAGGGUGACAUUUGCGGUUAGCAGAGGGUGUCCUUGAGAGGAGCGAGCGCCGACAGAAGGGACCAGGUUCUCUUUAAGGGGGCAGGACUUUGGGAACAUUAUGAAGGCAAGAGUGAGCUUCUCCCUCUGCCUUCCACCCUCCCCUCCUUCCCUUCUCUGUUCCGGGACAGAGACCUGGGCUCCCUGCCCUCCCCUUUGCCUGGCAGGGAUGAAGGCAGGAGCUGGGUGCUGGGAUGGGCGGCUGAGCAGGGGAGGAGGAGGAGGAGGAGGGGAGGAAGGGGAGGGAGAGGGGGAGGAUCUGCUAAUUACACAGAACAGCUCUGGGGGCUGCUGAAGUCCAGAAUGAAGCAAAGAGCAGCAGAAGCGAGUGCUGCAGUGGGAGCAGAGGAGCCCAAGCAUCACCGAGAGCUGGAGCCGGCUGUUAUCCCUGCUGGGAGCAACUGGGAGCACCCGGGGGAUCCUGCAGCCCUGUCUCCCACAGGAGACAGCCUCUGGCACUGCUACCAAGCCCACUGCCAGCCCCCGGAGAGCCGAGGAGAAGGGGCUGGUGGUUGCAGCACGCAGGGCUGGGCUGGAGGGCAGCGAGGUCAGCCCUGCUAUGGUCGCAGGGGGCUAGGAGCCUGUGUGGAUCCACCGGGAAGAGGUGAAGGAUGGCUACUGAAGGAGGGAGAGCCAAGCCCCUUGCCCAGUCCAGGAUGGAGAACUUCCGAAAGGUGAGGACCUCGGAGGAGGAGAUGCCGUUGCCCUUCCCAGACCUGCCCCCGGACGUGGUGGAGAUGAAGGUGAAGGAGGGCAGCAAGAUCAGGAACCUGAUGAACUUCGCCAUGGCCCAGAUGGAGCUGAAGGGCAGGCGGCAGAUCGUGUUCAGCGGCUGCGGCAGGGCGGUCACCAAGACCAUCACCUGCGUGGAGAUCAUGAAGCGCAAGCUGGGAGGGCUCCACCAGGUCACCAAGGUACGCUACAAAACCGUGCUGGAGGUCUGGGAGAACCAGGACCCGCCGCCCAACGGUCCCGCACAGAACCUGACUGUCCACAAGAACGUCCCCUCCAUCUGCAUCCUGCUCUCCCGGGACCCCCUGGAUCCCAACCAGGCGGGGUACCAGCCCCCCGAGCCCCGGCAUGAGGCGGGAGAAGACACGUUGGGAUCCUCCACCAAGGGGCUGAAGCGGCCGCUGCCGCCUCCCUGCGAGGAGCUGCUGCCCAAGAAGAUGCAGGUACAGGUGUCUGACAGCCCCAGGGGCACGGGGACCACCGCUGGCCAGCAGGACCACUGACCCCAGUGCCUCCCACCCCACCAGCCAGGUAUCGAGGCAGGAAUAUCCACUCAUUCCGGGGUCACUGGUGGGCUGCAGGCUCCCCCUGACCUGUCCCCACUUGCUGCUCCAUGACCCCUGUGGAUGGGGGUCCCCAGGUUUGGUGUAAGGGUUAAACCCACCAUGGCUUGGUUAUGGAUUGAAGCAGAUGAGCAUGUGGGGGGGGAGCUGGUGACCUGUAAUUCAGCUACCCAGGGACACCGUGACCAGCAGCCACAUUCUGCAGCGACUCCCAGGGAGCCAGAGCAGCCGAGGGGUGCCCGGACCAGCACCAGCGCUCCCCACUGCAACGCCUCAUCCAUCAGGAGAGAUGGGUUUGCCCCAAGCUUGUUGGAAUAAAACCUUCAUUAUGAAACCCGCUGCUGAGGAGCUGUUGGAGUUAAUAAUACCAGGCUCAGCAUCCUGUGAGGCCAUGCUUAAUCCCAAAAAAACCACCCAAACAAGCAUGGGGGGUGGUCCCUCCCUGCACCCUCAGAGCCAAGCACUGCACUGUGCUGCCUGCCUGUGGGACAGCACAAGGAAACAAAACAACUCGCAUGGGAUUCUCUGGAAUCUGGUCUGGAGUGGGGGGAAAUCACGGUGCGGGGAGCUGGGGGCAAUGGAAGCGUUGGGCAGGGGGUUAUUGUGGGUGGAUGCAGUGCCCAGCACAGGAUGAGGAGGUUUUGGGGUCGUGCCUGGGCUGCAGGGUGCUUCAGAGAAAAAUCCCUGAGAAAAAUCCCUGCUACUUCCAGGGGGUAAAGAGAAAUGACCGGAAAAUAAAAGCUCUUUAGAAAUACUUGAGAUAUGUCUAUGGGAAAACGGGGGGACCGUCCUGGCUGCUGGCCAUGGCACGGAUCAGCACAGUGAAGGCUGCUGCCAGCUCACAACGAGGGGAUCCCAGCCAAACUCUGCCCCUUGGAAGAAUGGGCUUGGGGUCUGCUGUGCUGGCACAGCAGCACCUGGCAAAGCCCCAGUUCCAGUGGGGACGGGGACAUUUGGGGGAUGGGUUAUGGGAUGCCAAGCCCUGCUCCACCUGGUUCCCUCUGCCCAGCACCCAGCAGCACUGCAGGAUGAAUUAAUUGGGAUUAAGGAGCCAACCCUUCCCAAAAUCCACGUGUGAGGGAUUCUCUGGCUGCAGCUGCCUUAUCUCCCUGCCUCACUCCCGCUCUACAGGGACAGUCAGCGUUCUCUCUUUGUCAAGGGCUUGCUUGGCUGGGAGCGGGAAUGAAAGGAGAGGAGGAGGAGGAAGAGGAGGAAGCAGGGGCUGUUUUGUGAGGCAGUGACCUUGUUAUCUCCCUCAGCAGGCAGCUGCUCCUCGGGCCAGAGGCUUGUGCUUAUCUGUCCUACUGCAGAUUGAUUCCCUUCACUCGAACAUUCAUUUCCAAUGGUUUUUUAUGAUCAUUUUAGUGAUCAUUUUAGUGAUCAUUUUUUGGUGCAUUUGGGGAUGAUAAAGCUUUGGGCUCUGUCCCAUCCAGCUCUUCCCACUUCCUUUCUUCCGUGCAGACCCCAUUCAAGAUGAACCCUUCACCCCACACACGAACAGCAGGUACAGACACCUACCCCAAAUGCAUUAAAAAUCACUAAUAAAAUUAAUUAAUAAACUUGUAAUUAAUGAAUCACUCUGUAAACACCCUGAUCAGAGCCUGAAGACUGUGAGAGCCACACAGUUAAACACCAACAGCCCUUCAUCUCCACUGUUGCCACCUAACAUUUCUCUGAGCAAGGAAGUAAGAAUAAAAACCACUUAUUUCUCCUUA